GUGCAUGUCCCGGCCUUGCAGGGUAUCAGUAUCCCCGUAAGCAUUUGACAGUGUCAUAUUCCAGUACCAUGGAUCUGUCAUGAUGAGAAGCUUAAUCGACUGGGGAGUCUGUAAAAGACGACCUAUCGCACUCGCACCGUUCUCGCUUGAGGAUGCCUUCUUCAUGCGACCCGGCAAUGGGGUCCCUGUUAUGUGCCGCACCGUUUCGCCACCGAUCAGCCCCCUGCCAUUUCCGUCUCGCACAGAGCUCCUGGUUCGUGGGUUGGAUGUCCAUUAGCGCCCUUCCAUGGGGAAUACAUGCUUCGACUCUGGGUCAUGAUACUGUCACCAUGUUCUCGAUGUCAGCCUCUACGCGCUUGAUAGAAGGGGUUAUCCCGAAUACCAUUCUGUCGGGAAAUCCUCCCUACGAUACGUGUGAAUCAUCUCGACCAGGACCAGGGCCUGGCCUCAUUGGCAUACUAUUCCGCCGCGUAUAUUCAAUCUAUGACACUUGCAUUUCAACUGCUUCGACAAACGGCAGUUCCCUGCGUAGUAAAGUCGCAGCAGGGUGUGUCUUGCUCUGUAUCUGACCGUCCUUAGACAUAACGCCAACAUCUGGAAUGUACCUUGUCUGACUCGCAAAUACGGGAACCGGAUAGCUGGGGUCACAUAGAUGUCACUCUCCCUUUGUAUGUCGGUAGCGUAACCACCCUUGUAGCUGAAUAUCAAGGACCAUUUUCGUGGCUUCCAACCCUAUAUUGGAUAGAUAUAUUCAGUUGCCAGUCGUAGAACCUAUAUCAGCAAUACUACUACGUUGCGUCGGAC